ACCAGAUAUGAGGCCAUCGUAACAAUUAAACGUAGGAAGUUAGCGUAAAAUAACAUGUUUCCUAGUCGCAAACUCUGAACGAGAAGUGCAAUCAGGCAGUCCUCUUCAAAAAUAUCUUUGAUUUAAAACACAUGCUGUUUGGAUAAAUAAAAACAGCAGAGCUGCACAUCCUUGGUGAUGAUCAUAUGUGAAGUGUGUGGUUUUCAUCCGGAAUGUUAGUAAAAAGGAAACCAUCAAGUUGAGUCUUUUCAAUCUUACAACGAUUCCUUUCAGUUAAAAAAAACCGUAAAAAUUGUGCAUUGGGAAAUGAAUACUUCAUAACAGUCUUAUGUGAUUUUAAACUUGUUGAUUUAAUAACGCCUUUUUGUGAUGCCUAGAAAAGAUUACUAAACAGUCGGAAAGUCGUCCACGUAUAUAUAUAGAUAGAAUGUUUUCUCAAGGAAGCCGAUUUCCAGGAAAAUAACAAAGUGUGACUACAAUUCACUGAAGUAUGCACAACACAAUAGUGAUCAUGGUUGCUGUGGUAAUCAUUCAAAGUGGAUGUAAUUCAGUCCCUUCGUCGGAAUUUCUCAUAGACAAAGACAAAGGCGAAACUGGAAGAUACGUUGUUUCCUCUGACCGUAACUAUUUGUGCCACUAUGGUCGUGCGUCAGAUAUGCAUUUUCAAAACCGGUUCUCGGAGCAAUGUUACAAACAAAACAAAAACCAUCUGACGGAACACGAGAACCGCAGCAGGACAUACCCGUACUUUAAUCCGUCGGUAGGCGCCCCUCCAGGGUGUGGUCCUCUACCAGUCGUGAAUGGUAGUAAAUGGGAGUGUCCAUAUGGCGUGUCUCCUCUCUCAGUCCCCGUAUACGAGUCCUGUCGUGUACUCUGUAAGGGAGAAUCUCUACAGAGACGGACUCUUGUCAAAGUCAGAUGCACGGAGAAGUUGGAAUGGGAUCACCCUAUGCUUUCCGCUGUUUGUGCCGUAAUAAAAAGUUCUUCCGGUGCCAGUUUUCAAGGACAAGACCAGGAGUGGAAAGUUGCAAUCAUUACUGGCCUUGUGUCCGUUGUAAUUGUUCUAAUCGUACUCUGUAUUUUCCGAAAACUUAAACGCAUCAAAUGUAGUCGUCUGCAAAAGCUGCUCGGCAAUUCUGUAUUUCCAGACAACACAAUGUCACUGAAUUCUGUAUGUACUGCUGAUGUGGGAAACGUUCAACAACGAAACGUUGUAAACUAUGAGGAUACAGCAAAAAACCAAUUGUGUACUCAAAACAGCGAUGUGGAUAAUCAAAACAGCGAUGUGGAUAAUCAAAACAGCGAUGUGGAUAAUCAAAACGGCGAUGUGGAUAAAGAGCAUAACACCUUAAGUGAUAAUGACAUAGACCUUUGUGUCUCUAGAGAGGCAUUCCAAACCAGCGAUCUUGCGGACACGGAUAUUUUUCUACAAACAAUUUCUAACAAUAUAACGGUACCUCAUGCUACAGUACGAAAUGCUGAUAGUCCGAUAAAAUGUAACUGUAUUCUGAACAAUAUGAAUCAAAAUACUGAAAAUAUUGAACUCUCAAACGAAUUUAAUGGUUUAGAUAUUUCAAUACUGACAACAGACAGUCUAAAAAACGUGGAAGAGAAUGUGGCUAUUGUUGAGGAUCAUUCUUGGAAGCAGAGCGGAGCAACACGUGCAGGAUCGUGUCCAACCAUUGCCGCAAUGUUAGAAGGAGCAGUAAACGAUAGCAUUCGUUUUGUUGACGACCUUUCUACUUUGCUGGACCCAGAUAAUCCUGGCAAUUGGCAGGGCCUGAUUCAGGCCUAUUUUAGUUUGUCCUUUAACAAAAUCCAAGAAAUAAGACACAAAACAAAGGACCAUUUCAAGGAGGCCGUCUUGCCCUUGUUGAGUUCCCAUGGACUUAGCAUUGUCCACUUGACUUCUUAUUUCUACAAACUGCCGUCACGGCGUAUUGACGUCAUAGAGUGCAUCCAGCGUUAUCACCCUUAUUGUCAGGAAUGUGGAGAAAUCUACGACUGUGUGAAGUCAAGUAACGUUGAAUAGUUUCAGAUUUACAAUGGCUAGCUCGCUUCAGAGACACAUCGCUUUAAACAAAAUGAAAAAUUAUCUUCGAGGUGUGACGUCAUAUACAGUUGUCCAAAACGAGAAUAUUUUUGCGAGUUUCAAUUGUUAUUGUUAGCGCCUCGAAAACUGAUUUCAUGAAGUUGUAUUUAAAAUUAUUCAAAGAAUGUAUUGAUACUUAUACGGGUAUAAAGCAGUAUUGUGUUUUAUUCAUUAUUCUUUGAGCACCAAUUUUCACGGAUUUCGUUGCUGCGUCGAUCUUUCACAAAAAGAAAAACAGUAUCCGCGAAAAAGCAAGUCCUCAAAACUGUGCGCUUGCCAUUAUCAACGAAAGUGAAUGCUCAAUAAAAUUAACCAUCAACUCGCAGUCUACAGAUGUUU